GGAAAUCCUGGAGCUUUCUCAGUGGGUAUACUGCGUAUACUUGCGUAUCACGUAGCCUACACCACUGCAACAAACACCAACAUGCCCACAUGCACAGAGUUGAGUGGAGCACAUUCACUUUCCGAGGACAGAGAGGGGUAAGAGGCACAAGGCUCCUCCCUGAGAGUUUGUGAAAACAUUCCAGCAAAGUGAGAGCGGUCAAAGAAUUGGAAAGUCUCAGAGCGGCCUCUUACUUUCUCUCUAUCCCUCUCACCUCUUUUGCAUAUGUAGUUACCCUGUAUACAAAAGUGUUUAUGCAGUAGGUUGCGUGAAGCUCUGAGGACCGUUCUGGGAGGGGAAAACCUGAAGAAGCAUCUAAAAUCUGGACAAACAAAGAAUCCGAGUGGCCCCCAUUGAUCUGCUCACAAUGAAGCCGGUGUUUGUCCUCCUUGUUACCACCGCCUGGACCUUGACUGGAGCCCAGUAUUACUAUCAGGGGCUGAUGGAUUAUCUGGAGAACAGGUUGUCAGCUAUUGAGGACCGCAUGCAGUUGUGGCAUGAACAAUCCCAUCGCUAUCACACAGAGAUGCUGGAUUUCAAAAAGCUAACUGCCGAGGCCAUGGAUGGGCUAAGGAAUGAGCACAGCGUGCUGUUCAAAGACCUGGAAGGAGCUGCAGUCCGAGUGGAUCGGAUGGAGCGAGAGAUGGACUACGUGGAAGCUCAGACUUCCCCUCGGGCCUGUGCGAAUAAGGCAGACAAGGUGGUGGAGCAGGGAACCUGGGGGCUGGAGAGCAGAGGAGAGGAAGAGCAGGAAGAAGACUGGGAGGAGUUGCACUCCAGAGUCUCUGACUGUGUGGAAAUCAUCUCUGGCAUCAGAUCAGUCAAGAUCCUGAAGAGAGUGGGCAGUCCCAAGGGCAUGUGGACCAGAGACCCCAGGUCGUCCAAGGUUUACGUCUUUAACGAGACAUCCGGAGACAGCCUCUACCAGUUCAACUCUGUACGAGACUUUUCCCGCUCUCCUGGCGUCACCGGCAGCCGACAGAUCCGGCUUCCGUCUGAGUGGAGCGGCCCCGGCAGCGCUGUCUAUAACGGCUAUUUAUACUACAUACAGCAGGCGGCCGAUAUGGACAUUGAGGUGGUUAAAUAUGACCUGCUGAGUGGCUCGGUGACAGACGUCACUAUGUUCCCCGUGGAGAGCCACGCUACAGUUUACAGCCUCAACCCGGAAACCGUUGCGGACCUCGCAGCAGACGACGAAGGCCUCUGGCUCCUGUACGCCAACAGCGACAGUGAGCCCAACAUCAACCUUGCAAAGAUGGACCCGGCCACGCUCGAUAUAGAACAAAUCUGGGACACCCGGUGCCCACGGGAGAACGCCGAGGCGGCUUUCGUAGUCUGCGGGACCGUCUACGUCGUGUACAACACGCGCCUGGCCAGCCGAUCCCGGGUCCAGUGCCUGUUUGACGUCAACGACAUGGUGAUCAGCCAGGAGGCUCCCCUGAUCUACUUUCCCAGGAGGUACGGAGCCCACGCCAGUCUGAAAUACAACCCCGAGGAAAAACAGCUCUACGGCUGGGAUGACGGCUACCAAAUCAUCUACAGACUGACCAUGAAGAGGAAACUGCUGGUGUGACGGCAGGGACGUUGUGUCAUGUUGUCAAAAGGCAAUGCUAAAGAACAGAAGCAGUACAUUUACACAUGCUAUGCCAAAAGUCUUCCAGCCGCCUGCAGACUCUUCAUUCACCUUAGAUUGAAUACAGAUCACCCAUAACAUUACACAUUUUUAAGCAAAUGAAUCCGCCUUUGAACUUUU